CAUGGACAUUGGUCAGCCGGCUGUUGGAGUACCCGUCCCGAGACCACUCGGCUCCGGUUACGACAGGGAGAAGCAACGGGAAUCCCUGCCCUGCCAUGCGGUGCACAAGCAGCUAGUCGGCUCAACCAUGGAGUAUAUCAUGGACAAAUACUCUUGCUCAUUUUCUCUUCAUCCAGACUAAACCAUUAGCAGAGCUCUCUCCAAAAAGCACUAUUGGUCGACUGACCCAACCUAUCUGAAAGAUGGCAACAGUAAAUCGAGACGAGGAGGGAGGCCACCGGGUCCCUCGCACACGUCGCUCGAGCAUGAUCGAGACAUAUGAGCGACUCGGGGAACUAAGUCCUUUGUCCGGCCACACGUAUCCCUCCCCACAAGAAACGAGCCAUUCUCUGCCCGAGACGACUCCCGAGAGACAGCGAGUGUCGACGACCGAUCGGUCCCUCGAUAAAGACGCCAGCCUUGCGGACAAAGUCACAGAUCAUCAGUUCGAGAUACUCGGAGACGGAAACCCACCAUCCGAAGAAACCGUCCUAUACCUUGCCUACGGUUCGAACCUAUGCUCGGAGACCUUCCUGGGAAAGCGAGGCAUCAAGCCGCUUUCCCAAAUCAACGUCAUCGUCCCAGGCUUAUGGCUUACAUUCGAUCUCCCGGGGAUACCAUACAUAGAGCCUUGUUUUGCAGCAACUCGAUUGCGCAAGCCCCCAAGCGAAAAGGAAAAUUCAAGCAAGAUUGCAAACAAUGAAUCGGAUGGAAAGGCUGCAUUGGAAACCUCGCAUCUCAUCCAAAAGACCCCAGAUUACAACUCAAACAUGCCCCUUAUCGGCGUCGUCUACGAGGUGACUCUUACAGACUACGCGCGCAUAAUAGCAACCGAAGGUGGUGGACGCGGAUAUGAAGACAAGGUCGUCGACUGCUAUCCAUUCCCCAAGUCGUACAGCCCAGCGGACCCUCUCCCUGAACAUCCGAGUACCAAGCCGUUCAAAGCCCACACCCUUCUAUCUCCUGCCGUCGCGGAGGACUUACUGAAAACCAGCGGACAAGCUUCCACAACCCCAAAGAAACGCUCCUUUGUCUCGCGCUUUAGCCCUGUGGUCCGCCCGAACCCAUUCUACGCCCAGCCUUCGGCUCGCUACCUCAACCUGAUCACCACGGGCGCAGCUGAACACGACUUGCCAAUCACCUACCGGAAUUAUCUUGCCGGGAUCCAGCCAUAUCGUAUAACUACCUUGCGUCAAAAGAUUGGCAGAGCGGUGUUCGUGGGAUGCUGGGGACCACCGGUAUUUCUUGUUCUGGUACUUCAAAGAAUGUGUGCGAACUCGGAUGGUCGCAGUCCCGCGUGGCUGGUGAAAUUCGCAGAUGCUGUCUUCUUUGCUCUCUGGCAGUCUUAUGACAAUGUAUUCCGGGGACUCUUUGGUGAUGGUGAAAGGACCAUUGGUGACAACACUAGACGCUAAGAAUAUCUUGAUCUAGAUAGUAAACUACUUUGAACCCACCGGUCAAAUUGACAAAGUUUAGUGCAUUGCACCUGUAAUAAAAAU